UGGGGUUCAGGAGACUUCAAAUGAUCAGUUAGUGGUUGGAGUCCAGAAUUAUUUGGAGAAGGCAGCACAGAAGCUAAACCCCAUUGUUCCCAUCAAGUUCUACAUCUCCAGCCGAACAGAUACUGGCGUCCAUGCACUCUGCAACUCUGCUCACCUUGACAUCCAGAGGGCACCGGGGAAGCCGGCUUUUAGUGAGAAACAGCUCAUCUACUCUCUGAAUUACCACCUGAAGCCUGAGCCAAUCCGCAUUUUGAAUGCCUAUCGAGUGACCAAUAGCUUCCACGCACGCUUCUCUGCACUGUCGAGAACCUACAUUUAUCGGCUGUUGAUCGGCUGCGCUCAUCAUUCUGAAAUACCGGUGUUCGAAAAGGAUCUCUGCUGGGCUCCUGUGGGAGGCUACCUGAAUGUGCCUGCCAUGCAGGAUGCAGCACAGUUCCUGCUGGGAACCCAUGACUUCAGCACCUUUCGCUCAGUUAACUCCGAAACACCGUUUCAGUCUCCCAUCAGAACCAUCCUCCAGGCAGACAUCCAACCCUCUUCUGGUUUCCUAUCCCACCACUAUGAGCACAGGGACCUGCAGUUUUGGGAGCUGAAGUUCAGGAGCAGAUCAUUUGUUUACCGCCAGGUCCGAAGAAUGGUUGGGGCUCUUGUUGCAGUUGGCCAGGGAAGGUUAAGACCUCAUCAUAUAAAGGAGUUACUGGAGAUAAAAGAUCCACAAGCUUUUCCACCAAAUGCCAUGGCUCCGCCAUCUGGACUCUUUCUAAAAUCAGUGGAAUAUAAUGAAGCAGAUUUGGACACUACAAUAGCCCCAGGAGAAUAGCAGCUCUGUGAGACGCAGCCCCAUCUGAAAGGACUGUUGUUGUGGAUGAGUGCUGGAGGUUUGCCAAGAGCUCUUUACACAAUAUGCAGUCUUGUCUCAAUAAAAAUCAUUGACU